AUGUUCUGGAAAUUUGGCGGCUACGCCAGCAUAUCGCCCAUUGACUCUAUUCUUGAUCGACCGCAGUUUGCUCUUGAAGAUCUGUUGGACGAGAAUGAUUUGCUGGGCGACAUCAAAGCCCGCAAUGGCAAACUUCUCGAUUAUCUCCGGAAGCGCGAGGUUUUAGAGCGUCUUCUAGAGUUCGUUGUCGCUCCUAAGGCUGAGCCUGCUGCCGUGCCUAUUGGCGAUGAUACGAAGGACGACUCCGCUGGCGCUAGCGACGAUGCAAGCAAUGAACGAGGGCGGCCCCGUCUUUUACCGUUUAACCGUCCACGGGCAUCCUCCUCACUGACUGAUGGCGGCCGAGAUGAUGAUGAGGCUGAAACGAAACGUAACCGGUAUGCGUAUGUCUCUUGCGAGAUUCUGUCUUGCGAUAACUGGUCCAUAUGUGAGACUGUGAUGGAUCCCUCAAACCGCGACCUGCUGCACAAGUUUUGGCAGUAUAUCAAGCAGCCGGCUUUGCUUGAUCCACUACAAGCUAGUUAUUUUACCAAGGUCAACGAGUCCCUUUUCGACAAGAAGGUUGACGAUAUGGUGGUAUUUUUAAAGUCUAUGGAUGGCGCAGUGCAGGAUAUGUUGCGACACGUCGACUGCCCCAUGAUCAUGGACCUACUACUGAAGAUCAUAACUCUGGAUCGUCCGGAAGGAAGCCCUGGCAUUGUUGAGUGGCUUUAUACGCAAGACGUGAUGCCAACUCUUCUCUCCUUUCUUAGUCCUAAGAACAGCUGGGCAACACAAACAUCAGCUGGAGACUUCAUCAAAGCCAUCAUCACGGUCUCUGCCAACGCCACUCAGAACGAGCAGACAUGCAUCGGGCCAAACGAGCUCACCCGGCAGCUAGUUUCCCACCCAUGCAUUGACGAACUAAUCAAUUAUAUGCUCGGUGGCGGCAAUGCAUUGACCGUCGGCGUGGGAAUUAUCAUCGAGGUCAUCCGAAAAAACAACUCUGACUAUGAUCCGGAUGUUGGCACCGAAGCCAACUCGAUUCCCUCAAGCCGAGACCCCAUUUAUCUCGGCACCUUGCUACGGAUGUUUGCGGAGAAUGUACCAAACUUUAUGCAGUUGAUGAACAAUGCGCCUGCCCAGAAGACUCGCCUCAACUCUACCUUCAAUGUCAAGAUUGAACCGCUUGGUUUUGACCGAUUCAAGACCUGCGAACUGAUGGCCGAACUUCUCCAUUGCAGCAACAUGGGCUUGUUGAACGAGUUUGGCUCCGAGACUGUCAUUGCUGUUCGCGAUGCCGAGCGCAAGCGUCUGCGGAGUGAAGGCAAAUUAGCUCCAAAUCGGGGCGAGGAUGCGAUUGCGCCAGGCACCGAUCUUCUUACCAUGCGUGUGCCCCAUGCACCCGCUGCCGAAGAGGGGCGUCGCCUCGAAAUAAUGAAUGUGUCAGCCUCUGACGAGGACGGGUUCGAAGAAGUCACACAUACCGCCGACAUGGGCGAGAACGAGAAACAGCAAUACAACGUUCUCCCCUUAACAGGUCCUAGGCCAUCGACUUCAUCUCUCUUUGAGAAAGAUGACGAUGAUUUUGUCGAUGAGCCUCUCAGUUCCCCCCGAUUGAACACACGGGACGACAAAUUGCCAGAGCUUGAAUUGCCGCACUUUGAUGAGCCAGACCUUGUUGUAGCACCUCUCUCGCCCACCAAGAAGAAGGUCUUAUCCCAGUUCAGCGACCCAGAGGUGUCAAAAGAUUCAGAGUCUUCAUCCACUCCGUCGACAGUGGACAAUGAAAGCAUCGACGACGCAACUGUCAGCUCCGAUGAUUUUGUUACGGAAGCGACAGAGCCAGCAUUGGGCAAAGGCGCAAAAACAAUGUCCGAUGCAGACAAGGGCGAUGAAUCCGACGCGGGCAUCGUUUUCACUCCUACAAUCUCCAGUUUGUCUGAAUCUUUUCACUCGACAGCACAGCGUUCGUCCAGUCCAAUAUCAGAACUGCGUGAGCAGCUUGCCAAGACCAUAAUUUCUGAGGAGGGUAUUGUCCUAGAACAGGCAGAAGAGGUUGUCGCGAAAGAGACUUUGCAAGAAGACAACCAAGCCCCGACUGCGCCCUUGAACGAGCUUAUGCCGUAUUCCACAGAACCCGCGCAUGAAGCCAGCAAAAAUGCCGGCGAGAGUAAAGCAAAUGCAGUGUCUACUACCGACGCGACAGAGAAAAGGGCAGCCGAAGAAAACGAACGCGACGCCGGAAAUGAAUCUAUUGUUGUGGCUCCUCGACCAGUCGAAGCAAGCUCAAAACUCUCGACCGUGAAUGCCACUGCGGACGAGCCAGUAGUAGGCGACCUGCUGAAGAUUCAGUUUGUUGAGCACCGUGUGGUUCCUACCAUACUUUCUUUCUUUUUCUCGUAUCCCUGGAACAACUUUCUUCACAAUGUCGUGUAUGACGUGGUCCAGCAAGUUUUCAAUGGCCCGAUGGAUCGCGGGUUCAACCCGAAUCUGGCAAUUUCUCUUUUUGAGUCUGCAGACGUGACCACCCAAAUAAUAAACGGGCAGCUUGCGUCUGAGAAGUCCCAGGUCUCCACAAGAACCCGCAUGGGUUACAUGGGCCACCUAACACUGAUCGCGGAGGAAGUCGUCAAAUUCACGGAACGUCACCCCCCGGAGCUUCUCUCUGAGGUAGUGUUGGAAAAGGUCAUGUCUCAAGAUUGGAUCAAUUAUGUCGAGGGCCCGCUAGCGGAGACACGCGAGAGGGACAAUGCAAUCCUCGGUGGUGUUCGUCCAGAUGUGUCUAUGGGCAACCAAGCGGGUACUGCCGGAUUGGCUGCCGUCGGUCUUAGCGGGUUGGGCUCGUCGUUUGGGAUGGGCAAUACCCAAAACACGUCAUCAGCAUUGGCUGACGCUGGGCUGAACGGAAGCCUCGAUUUCCAGGGCGAGGCUGACGGAGGCCUCGGACCUUUUUCGAUCAGCGCUGGAAUAUCCACUGGCAAUUUCGUGCACACUGGUGACGACUGCAAAGAUGACGAGGAAGGCCAAGUCAACAUUGAUGUCGACAUUAUAUUUGGCGGAGCUUAUGGUAGUGACGGAGACGUCAGUUAA